AUGAAUACCCAUACCUUGACUAGAUACCAUCGCAAGGCACACAGGCACCAGCACUGCGGCAUUGAUUUUCAGCGCAGUGCGUGGGUCUCAAUCUCUCUUUCGACCUCACCUCAUCUCUCCAACUCCUGUCUUCCUUCCUUACAGCCUCUGUUGUCUAUUCCAUCUUCUCAGAAGAUAGAAGUACAACUGAUACCUUCAGUCAUAGAAGAGGUAUCUUGUGAUUUUCAAUUACACAUCUCCUUCGUUCCGCACUGCGUGUCCCGUCGCGAAGCUGAAUUGCGGUGUCGCGUUAUUCGUCCAAGGAUGGGUUCUUAUCGCUUAGAGGAAGCCUCCACCGGCCGGGCCGGCUGUCAGAACAAAGAAUGCAAAGACUCCAAAACCAAGAUCGCCAAGGGCGAGCUCCGUUUCGGUACCUGGGUCGAUACUGAACGUAUCCAGGCUUUUAUGUGGAGACACUGGGGCUGCGUCACCCCCAAACUCAUUGGCAACCUAAACGAGACUAUUGACGAGGAAGGUGGCGGUGGUGAUGAGAAGGAUUACACUGCCAUCGACGGCUACGAGGAUCUCCCCGACGAACUGCAGGAGAAGGUCCGUGGUGCGUUGGAGCAGGGCCAUGUUGAUGAUGAGGAUUGGAAGGGUGACGUCGAAAUGAACCGUCCCGGCAAGACGGGCUUCCGUGUUCGCAAGAAGGCUGGUGCUACAGCGAAGAAAGAUGACGAAGAAAAAGAACCCCCUAAAACCAAGAAACGCGGCAAAGCCCAAGACGACGAACACGAAGAAGGAACUGAAAAACCAGCCAAGAAGACCAAAAAGGAUGCCCGCGGUACCAAGAAAGCCGCAAAGGAAGAGCCUGAAUCUGAAAACGCUGAAGAGGGAUCUGAGAAUGAGGAAGAGAAACCUGCGAGGAAGAGUCGCAGCCGUGCUACUAAGACUACCAGUGCUAACAGGAAGAAGCAGGAUGACGCUGCUGAGGAAGAUAAGGACGAGCAGAUGGCUGAUGCUGAGGUACCUGCUGAGGAGAAGCCGAAGCGGGGAGGACGGAAGAAGAGGGCAACCUAA